AUGCCCGAGUCGCCUCCAUCAUCCCGUCGCGCAUCAGCACGCUCAAACGGGACCGAUCAUGAUCGCGUUGGGGCCUUGACUCCGACCCUCCAAAUCGCACGAUCGACCUCUCCUCUCCCGAUCAUCCCGACCGACCUAGCCCGUCUCAAGAUUGCCAAUCGAGAUGCCCGGCAUAUCCCACCGCCGGCCCCGUGGCAUCUUGGCCCGUUCUACGAAGAGGCUGCGCUGCGCAACCCCAUGGACCGACCGUAUAGCCGCAAUAACACGGGCGAUUCCACCGUCCUGUCCCACGAGCACUCGAUCGUUUCGUCCCGGGAGGACUCCGACACCAGCUCGGACGACGACGGCUACUAUUCACCAUCAACAGCGGAUUGGCGACGCCCACCGCCCCAACCGUUGCCGCCGCGCGGCAACCCUCGCUUCGUACCACCGCCACCAUGGUACCGACACCCGCCCGCUGGGCCGAUCGACAGACAGCCCCCGAUCCAGCAUUUUCGGGGUCCAAACCCGGACUAUUCUGACCCAGAGUCGGAAGACGGGCGGCGCAACGAGCUUCAGGAAUUGCUCAAUGCCCAACAAAGACGUAUCCGGCAGUUGAGAUCUCAAAUUGCUGGCAAACGAAAAGAACUACGGGGGCUCAGGCGCCGAAAGGACGACACCGACAACUCCCUGAUGCAAUUCUUCCGGCCUCAUCUAGUGUCAACAAAGAACGGGGUUGCCGCCGUCAUCCCCAUAGAUGUUCUCGAGGCGAAAAUCGGUGAGAUGCAAAAGAUUCGAGACGAAUACUACACGGCCGAGAUUGCGUGUGAAGCCAUGGAGAUUGAGCUGGAAAUGGAGGAGCGUAAGCUCGAAGAGUUGGAGGAUAGGCCAUCCCGGUCGCCCUUCCGCCGGGCGGACGUGGUCCCAAAGAUCGAGCUGUCACUACCACCGCCAACUAUGCGAGGACCCGACACUGCGGAGGUCCAAGAACAAGACGACUCCAGCGACGAAGAUGACUCUGCGCCACCAACUCCUGUUAGCCUGCUAGGGAUAUCGGGGCAGCUGCACGAGGACGUUCAUCCCUUGUACGAGGAGCUGUUGGAAGCCGCCGGUGACCGCCAGCUUGCCAAAGAGGACGUCGAGGACCUCGGGAUGCGCCGCGAGAAGAUACUCUACGACCUCGAAAUUGAACUCCACCGGAAACGCGUGCGUGAGAACCAAGGUAACCAAAUCAGCGAGGAGGAUCUCCUCUCCCUGCGAUCCUCGCUGGCCCAAGUCCCCACCGACGCUGCCGAAUUCGAACACCUCUUCGGCAUCACCAUCAGCGAGGAUGAACUCGAAUUCCUCCGCAACUACGACUCGGCCUUCCAGCGCGCCCGCACGGAGCUCGAGUCGGCCACCGAAACGCUGUCCGACCUCCGCGCCCUCUGCCUCAAAAAGGGCGUCAUGCGCAAACACGCCUCCUACCACGAAGAGCUAGCCAUCCACUCCAGCUCCCCGGACUGGCUUCCCUCCCCCCAAGAUGGCAACAUGGCCAUCGAGCCCCCAUCCCGGCCAUCACCCAACCGUAACCACCCGCACGCGCCACCCCCUUCCCUCGCGCACCCGCGGUUCCCCAUCCUGCUCUCCAACCCAUCCCAUGUGCUCUCACUGCUCACACCGCUGCAGGCACUCAAGCGCACGCUGAAGCUGCCCAAGGACGACCCGCGCAGCGCGCUGCGGCGCGCCGAGUGCAUGAAGGAGCUGGGCAUCAGCACGCUCAUGACCAAGGCCGAGAACAAGCCCGACUACAUCAACCAGUGGCUAAUCCACCGCCUGCGCACCAGCCCCAUCGAGGCCGAGCUCAUGCUCGCCGUCUGCGAGGGCGUCUUCAAGGUCGUCAACCUCCGCCGCUGGCAGGAGGAGGUCCUCUAUUAUUGGCGGCUGGACGAGGCCGCCAAUAUGGGCGCCGAGCUGUUUGACGGGCCGGUGUCGCACCCUGAUCCGGGAGGGGUGUUUGCGCUGGGGCCGAAGCCCGCAACUGGGGCUGGGGUUGGGGUUGGGGCUGGGGCUGCGCCGGGUGGGCCGGUUGGUGGGGGAGUGCCGCCUUCGCCUUUCCCUCUCCUGCCUUUGCGUGGUGGUGGUGAAGGGGGUGGUGGAUUUGGGGGGAGUGAUGGCAGAGGCGUGAAUUCGGCUAUCGGGGAGGGGCAGACGGUUAGGAGCGAUGCGGGGCGGAGGAUAAGGAAUCCAGGGGCGAGGGCCGAACGGUCGAUGUCGGUUUAA